AUGUCGAGUGCUGAGGGAGCAUCUACAACCACCGGCCGAAGCGACGGCGGCUCUAGAGGACGCGGCCGUGGCGGAGGCGGAGGUGGAGGCGGAGGAAGAGGAAGUCAAGGCCAGAAUCGGGGCGCCAAACGAGGAGGAAGAGGCGGCGGCGGCAAUCGAGGGCAGGGACGAGGACAAAAGGGCCCAGAUUCAGCUUCAGCUGCUCCACCCGAUGCUGCUGGCCAAGCUGGGCUUGCGGCGCCGGCAACUGGCAUCAAGGAGAACAAGGCUGCCUUGGCCACUGCCCCAGAGCCCGACGACGAUGACGAUGCCGAGGUCUGCUUCAUCUGCGCCAAUCCUGUUGCUCAUCACUCCAUUGCGCCGUGCAACCACAAGACAUGUCACAUCUGCGGUCUGCGCAUGAGGGCGCUGUACAAGACCAAGGACUGUGCUCACUGUCGUACGUCAGCUGCGUUUGUCAUCUUCACCGACGAUGCCGAAAAGAGAUUCGAAGACUACACAGACAGGGACUUCACCACCACCGACAGCAGCAUCGGCAUCAAGUACACAAACGAGGACAUUGUUGGUGACACCGUCCUCCUGCUGAGAUACAACUGCCCAGACGAGUCGUGCGACUUUGCCGGCCUGGGCUGGGCCGAUCUGCAUCGCCAUGUCAAGUCGGCGCAUCGCAAGCGCAUGUGUGACCUCUGCACCCGUAACAAGAAAGUAUUCACCCACGAGCACGAGCUGUUCACCGACAAGGAGCUGGAAAAGCACAUGCGCCACGGUGACGACAAGCCGGGCGCUGCCGAUCAGACGGGCUUCAAGGGCCACCCCCUGUGCGGCUUCUGCGGCGAACGGUUCUAUGACGACGACAAGCUGUUUGAGCACUGCCGCAUGAAGCACGAGCGGUGCUUCCUCUGCGAUCGUAGGGACUCUAGACAGCCCCAUUAUUUCCUCAACUACGACGAGCUGGAGAAGCACUUUAAGAAGGACCACUUUUUGUGCUCUGACCGGGGAUGCUUGGAGAAGAAGUUUGUCGUCUUCGAGUCUGAACUGGAUAUGCAAGCGCAUAACCUCGCUGAGCAUGCCGGCAAACACGUGGGCCGAGACGCCCGGCUUGUCGACAUCUCUGCCUUUGAUAUCCGCCAGUCAUAUCAACAGGAAAGACGUGGAGGUGGAGGAGGUGGUGGAGGAGGUGGUGGCGGCCAGCGAGAUGGAGAAGGACGAUCGCGAGCCAGAGGAAGAGCCAACAGGGGGAGGGACCCCAACGAAGACAGCAUAUUGCCUACCGUGUCUUCAGCCGUUCCUCUACGGAGAGACGAACUCGCGUUCCAGCGGCAGAUGGCCAUCGUCUCGGCACCCUCAGGCUCCAACCGGACGUUCCGUGGCCAGCUAUCGGCCCCUACUCCUGCCCCUGCUGCUGCUCCCGCUCCCGCUCCCUCUACCGCCCCCGUAACCCCCACCCUCGCCCCAACACCUGCUCAAGCUUCCUCAACUCGGAAUGCUGCUCAGGCACCAUCAAGGCCCCGGAGCGUUGGCCCAGGCGCCGGCCCCGCUGCUCCCACGAGUGCCAUUGAGAAUCUCAGCCUUACCGACACGGCCAACCUCUCGGCCGACGAGCGGGCUCGUCUGGUUCGCCACGGCAGCGUCAUUGAGCGAGCCGCCAACCUGUUGGGCAACGACUCACACAAGAUGGCGGCAUUCCGUAGCCACAUCUCGACGUAUCGCCAGGGAGGCUUCACAGCACCUCAGCUCGUCGAGGCCUUCUUCACGCUCUUUGCCGAUGUUUCCUCCAAUGCCCUUGGAAUCCUGGUGCGAGAGUUGGCCGAUCUGUUCGAUGACAAGAGCAAAGCCGACAGCCUUAGAAAGGCCUGGCACGACUGGCGUGCCAUCAACGAAGAUUAUCCUAGCCUGCCCGGCCUCGGAGGCAUGCAGGGAGCAACGUCGAGCUCCAGUGGGUGGGCAAGUGCUGCCGCCACGAACACAAACUUCACCGUCGUCGGUGCAUCGCAACGAAACUCAACGAGGGUCCUCAAGCUGAAGAAUAGCACUCGGUUAGGCGGUCCGGCACCCAACCCGGUGAGAAGCGUUCCCGGCUGGGUCCCGGCAUCCUCGUCCUCCAAGCCGCCGUCAUCAUCAGCAUUCCCCUCUCUGCCGCCACCAUCUUCAUCAUCAUCAUCAGCCGCCGCGCGUGUGGCUUCUAGUGCAUCUGCUCCAUCUUGGACAGCUUCAUCGUCCUCGCAGUCGACGCAGUCUCGCGGACCCCCGCCACCCAACACUCGCGCCGAAGAUGCUUUCCCUGCGCUCCCUGCGGCACCCAAGCCACAGACGACCAUCUUUGGAUACGGCAAGGGCCGCGGCGUGAGACGAGACUUUGGCCAGCAGGAGUCCAACUUCCAAUGGGGAGCUGCGCCGGCAUCGUCGUCUGCGGCGGCUGAGCUACAAGAGCCUGAUGAUACUGAGGCGACGGGCGGCAAGGGAAAGAAGGGAGGAAAGAAGGGCAAGAAGCAGAUUCUGGUGCAGUGGGGAUAA